AUGAGCACAAGCACACCUCCCGCAGAAAUCUUGCCUGCUGGGGUUACUAAACCCGCUGCGACAGAGGCACCAGCUAACAAACCCAUUACUGCUCCUCCUGCUGCUCCCACUGUGGGCGGCACAGGCCCAGGACCAGAGUCUCUCAAUCUUGCUACAGCAUCGCAGGCUCCCGCUCCUUCGGCUAGCGGUAACCACGUGGAAAAGGAUAGUAUUGUUAUUUUCCAGGACGAUGCCGCCAUCAAGGCCAAUCCAGUCAUUCUCGUCGAGGCUGCUCCCGCCAAAACCUUCUCUUGGACCGUCGUCCAGCCAGACGUUACGCCCAACGCCGUGGCCUUGUAUGCCAAAAACUUCGAUAAUCGGGUUGUCUCGGUUGCCAGGGUCUCUUUAAUGCCCAACGAUCCCAAGGAUAUUGAACAAACCCUUAUCUCUGUUACAAACACAUCCGCAGUACUUAAUAUCACCGCCUUUGAUAUCGGCUCACCUAAUGAUGCUUGGCGCUUCCAGCCUAUGCGUCUCGCCCUCAUUUGGUUCCAUGACCAGGAGGGUGGCAUUAGCGGCUCUGAUACGUUCGCCGUUGCCAAAGCUGGGAAAGCCACGAACAGUGGCGAUCCAGAAGUCAUAGUCGCAGCUAACAACGUUAAGAAAGCUGCCAAGUUUGAGCUUCCCCACGACAAAGACGACCUUGGAACAGCCCCUGUGCCCCGGCCCGUCAACAACGGAACCGCCAGCGCCGGCGGCAAGGGUUCAGACGAUCUCUCUACUGGUGCCAUUGCCGGCAUCGCCGUUGGAGCCGCCAUCGGUGGUCUACUUAUCACCGGUCUCAUUCUCUGGCUUUUUUUCCGCAAGCGAAAGCAAACCAGAGACCGCGAGUCGAUGCUUCUCGAAGAGCAAAAGGCCCGCGCCCUCAUCGACAAGGAGGAGCAUCGUUCCACCUCGGCUGGCUCUCCUACAUCACCAUACGCAGACGAGAAGCCCGCCGCUCGUCGCCCGGAAAGCAUGCUUCCUCCUAUUCCGUCCGCCACGCCUAUCCCUGCCCCCAUUCUCAAGUCGCCAACGUCGCCCAUUGCUCCUCCUGCUGCCCCGGCCCUCACACACAAGGCAUCCCAGGGCUCCGUGGCCGGCUCCUUCUCUUCAGCGCGCCAAGAGCAGCCUCGUCCAUCGUCAUCGGCCUCCGGUGCCGCGGCCAGAAGCAGUCCGACCCGCGAGGUCCCGUCUUCUGUCGCUCAUCUUGUUGAGGACGGCAUGACCGAUGCCGAUAUCCAACGUCUCGAAGAGGAAGAACGACAACUGGAUUUGGAAAUUGAGCGCAAGACAAAGGGAUUCAGACGCGCCUAA